GACCCCGCCCUCGCCCUCACCUGCGUCGACAACCCCGCGCGUCUCGGCGCGGUCGAGUCCCCCAUCGUCCGGCUCGUCUCCGACGAGUACGGCGUCGGCGGGGACAAAGCGUCGUUCGUCUGCCUCGGCGGCUUCCGGAACACCCGCGGUAUGUAUGAGCUCGAGGAGGGCGAGGGGCAGGGGCUCAUGCUAGAGCUCGACGAGACACACUUCGAUUUCGGCACAAACUACGAGCUGGAGUGCGAGACCGCGGAGCCCGACCAGGCCAAGGAGGUCCUGGAGCGGCUGCUCACCGUGGUUGGGGUGCCGUAUGAGUACUCCCGGAGCAAUAAGUUCGCGUGCUUCAUGGCCGGGAAGCUGCUUCCGUGA